ACGUCCAGUCCGCGGUCACGAUUGGUCAAGAGCACCGUCAGUCACGAGUGGGUUAACUUUGCCUUGAUUGAGCUUGGGGUUUUUGGACGUUGUCCAUGGCCCGUGGUAGUCUGCGCAUGCCUCAACCAAAUUCUCCUCCCCGCCCCCACCUAACCGUCCAUUCUGCUCGAGCGGCCGCUAUGUGGAAUAACGUUAUUGCCGAGCAACGGGCGUGUUGCUGAUGUUUGUCUGAGCCUGGGCAGGGCAGCUGCACUGCUAGGGAUGACGUAGUUCUUGAAACAACAUUGAGUAACUGCAGAAAUGAGCUUAACAUCCUGGUUUUUGGUGAGCAGCAGAGGCACACGCCACCGGCUGCCACGUGAGAUGAUCUUUGUUGGCCGAGAUGAUUGUGAAUUGAUGUUACAGAUGGCCAAAGUGUGCAAAGUCCUGCAGAUACGAUCCCGAAGUGUGGACAAACAGCAUGCUGUUAUCAACUAUAACUCUGCCGAAGAUGAACACAAAGUGAAGGAUCUUGGUAGUCUAAACGGGACAUUUAUUAAUGAAGCCCGAAUACCAGAACAAACCUACAUCACUCUGAAGAUAGAUGAUAAACUUCGAUUUGGAUAUGAUACCAAUUUGUUCACUGUAGCAAGAGGAGAAUUACGAGUCCCAGAGGAAGCGCUGAAGCAUGAGAAAUUUACAAGCCAGUUACAGUUGCCACAGAAACUUUCAGAAGCUGAAGGAUCAACAGAAGCUCCAGAUAACUCUGAGGGCAAAACUGAAGUGAUGGCUCAUGCAGAGGUGCAUAAAACUUCAGUAGACAUAUCUGUUAUACCUAUGGCCCGUGGAACCCCUUUAUAUGGACAGCCUGCUUGGUGGGGUGAAGAUGAUGCAGAUGAUGAAAAUUCAAGCAAACAAGAUCCCAAGCCUGGGAAUGUGAAGAUGGAAAGCAGUGCUACAGGAGGUGAGAGCCCAAGUGAAGAUGCCAAGGAAGUUAGUAAACCCAAAGAUGAUAGAAAAGACUUGGAACAAGUAAUUUAUCCAUUCUGUAGAGAACCAAGCUAUUUUGAAAUCCCUACUAAAGAAUUUCAUCAAGCUGCUGUAUCAAUGGAAAGUUCAAUUCAUGAAAUCCCUACAAAAGAUACAGAAGCCACUCGUGCAGUCGUUCAAGGGCAUGCUUCGUUUACUAUUGAAUUUGAUGAUCAUACUCCAGGCAAAGUGACAAUCAAAGAUCAUGUCACCAAAUUCACGCCCGACCAGCGUCAUAAGCAGAAGAAGUCUCCUCCAGCCGCCAAAGAACUGUCUGGACUCCAGGCUGCAAUGAAAGCAGCAGAAAGCAAAGUGGCUGAUUGGCUGGCACAGAAUGAUCCUCCCAGAAUAAGACGCGAAUCGAUGGAUGAUGAUUGCAAAAGCAUAAAGAGUGAUCUCUCUGUUCAGAUGAGGCGAUUAAAAGGGAGUAAACAUGAUGAUGGAACGCAAAGUGAUACAGAAAAUGGAAAUGGCCAAAGGUGUGCUCAUAAACACGCUGCCCUCGAAGAUCAAUUGAGGAUGUAUCGUGCAGAACAACAGAGGCUUCAUCAUCAGAAGAUUGCAACUUCAGAAAAGGUCCGUGAGGUUCCUUCAAUGAGUAGGACUGCCUUUAUGAUUGAAUUCUUUGAUGACGAUCAUCCACGCAAGCGACGAUCCUAUUCUUUUACACAAAGUUCACCAGCUGUACCCCAAGAAGGUCUUCAUCCUUUUCCACCUGUGAAGCCAGACAGGUUAAAAGGUGGCAUAGUUGAUUCAAAGACAAAUCCUUCAACACAUCAGCCAAGUUCCCCUCAUACUAAAUCACCUCACAGUGUACAUGAGCUUCAUCAACCGAAACAUUUACAGAAACAAAAAUCUAAUGAACCAUCAGUUCCUUUAAUAUCUGCCCAAACUAUGCAGUUACGAAGUUCUGGUAGUACUGGACACAGACAGAAUCAAAGUCAGCAUUUCGAACAACAGGCAAAACUUUCUCCAUUGGCCACAAAGGAAAAUGAAGAUGAUCAGAGUGAUAAAGGAACAUACACCAUCGAACUUGAAAAUUCAAAUGCAGAAGAGGAGGAAGCUCGUAGAAUGAUUGACACGGUAUUUGGAAUAGUAGAUUCCCCCAAUUACUCUGGCAGUGGUAUAACAAGGCCAGUCAUUGCUGAACAAAAGAUCAAGUGGCAGCCAAAUUCUACUGAACAAGCAACUGAUGCAAGAAAUGGAGAACUUAGUAAAGAGCUUUUGAAUGACUCAGAGACUCAACCUGAAGGUUCCUUUACAUCCAGCACCCCUAGGUGGGUGUCCCAAUGGGCACAUUUAGCUGCUAACGAUGUUGUGCCAGCAACAUUUGGUACUCAUGAACAAGAUGCAAACAUUAGUGAAUCUGGUGUCUCAGUAAAAAGCACAUCAACCACAUCAGAAACUGCAUCAGCCAGUGCAGCAGAGAGAAAGAGACGAGCACUUCCCCAACUCCCAACAGAGGAUAAAACGGCAGAGGGCCUGAAAUCAAAAGGUUCCCUUACUUUAAACCUAUCAAAAUCAAGACGUGAAGUCGAUGAAAAACAAGACACUGAGCUUCCUGAAAAAGAAACUACCACUCCACCUCAUCAGAAAGACAAACAAAGGGAGCACACUAGCAGCAUUUCUAAGACAGGCCGGUCAAAGAGCGGCUCUGCUAUCAAAGCUGAUAGUGCUGGUGAUAUUUGCAGUGAGACAAUGAACAGCAAGGAAGGUGCAGUGUUUCAGUCCAGCAGCUGCACUCAAUCUACUAAAGUGAAAGCUGAGACUAUCAAGGGAAUACCAGGUACAAGACUGUCUUCACCUACAACUCAACAGCAGGGCCAUAAAGAGAGUUUGUACCAACAGGGCUCUUCUAAAACAACAGCUACAAGUAAACCUUUGGUUAACGCUGCUAGCCAAAGUGACAAAAGCAGAGAAGUGUCACCUAGGCAACUCGCCUCGCACAAAGCUGAUGUACGGGAAUGCAGGCAAACACCUGCCACAAGCACUUUGGACAAAGCAGAGAUGCAAAUAGAAACAAAACAGAAGAAGUCGGAAGAGUCUGGCAGAAGACAGACUCCUAAAGGUGGGGAUACAGAAAGAAAGGAUUCUCCCAGGCCUUUGGUCAGACAAGGAAGCUUCACCAUAGAAAAGCCAAGUAGUAAUGUACCUUUAGAGCUUAUACCUCGGAUUAGUAAGCAGUCUGGGUCACCAGGUGAUGCAUCUAUAACCACACGGAGUAGAGAGAGAAGUAGUUCUAAUGGGACAGAAUCCACAGUUGACACUACAAUUUUGUUAAAGGAUACAGAAUCAGUAAUGGCUUUUCUCGAGGCAAAACUGAAGGAUGAGAACAAGCUUGAUGGUGGUGAUGAAACCCCAAGCUAUCACAGGGAUGAUUCCAUUUCCCCUGAAUCCGAUGUUGACACUGCUAGUACCAUUAGCUUAGUUAGUGGAGACGCAGAAAAGAAGUCUCUUCAAAAACGAAGAACUCUAAGUAACCUUCACAAGGAGAAGAGUUUCACAAAAUCGCCUAAGGAUUUGUCGAAGACAUUUGCAACCAAUGCUAAGGACAAGCUUGCAGACAAGAAAACUAAAGGUCGUGCUUCUGACCUUGGCAUUAGAUCUGAACCUCGCAGACCUGUACAGACCACUGGCAGAGCAAGACAAGCAUCUUUUGACUUGACAGAUGAUGACCAAACAUCAAGUUUUCCUCAGUCUACUAUCUCCGAUUUUCUUUCUUCAGAUCAAGAGACCUAUUCCAGCCGAUCACAAGGGAGGACAUCCUUUACAUCCACAGAUGAACUAUUACAUUCCAAACUGGAGGGCAAUAAAUUAUCCAAGUCAAAAACUGCUGCUAUUAGUUCAGCUAGCAAAUCAACUGCCUUGCCCAAGCCUCGGCCAACCAGGGCAUCUAUUUUACGUAGGGCACGCCUUGGCGAUGUAUCAGAUACUGAACUGGCAGAUGUUGAUAAAGUUUCAGUAGUGUCUGAAGUAUCCACAACCAGUUCAACUACAUCGAAACCGCCCUCAGGCAGAAAAACACCCUCUAGAUUAGACCUCCUUGCCCAACCACGACGUAACCGGCUGGGUUCUAUAUCGGCUCGUAGUGAUUCUGAAGCAACUGUAACUAGAAGUGGUGUUAGUCGAAGUGGAGACUCUUCUGUUCGGAGUAACUUGCGUGGUACAUCAACCAUGGAUAGCAAAGUUUCUCCUAGACUUCGUGCUAAUAGUAUUUCAAGAAUGCCUGAUUCUUCUAAAGUUAAAGUAUCAAUGGCAGGACACUGUUCUUCAUCAGUUGUUUUGCAAGGUCCACGAUGGAGGCGCUUCCCUACAGAUUAUGCUUCAACUUCUGAAGAUGAAUUUGGGUCGAAUCGUAGUUCACCUAAGCAUACCCGCCUACGCACCAGUACAGCACUGAGAAGCACUAAACCGCAGAACAGUAACGUUGCAUCAACUACCAAUGUACUCCUGAAAAACAAAAUGAAGGAACAGGAUGACUACAUAAGAGACUGGACUGCUCACAGUGAGGAAAUUGCCAGGUAUCUUUCAAUAUCAAAAUGCCAACAUUUCCUGCAAACUGUUCAGCAAUUGUGCUUGAGUCGUUCAGAAGAUGCUAUUGUAUGAUUGCUCAAUGUGUUCCUGUUGAAUUUAAAUAUUGACAAAAACAAAGAUCUGUUGCUGAGGGUGCCGACUUGACAAGCUUUGACAACAUCUCUCUCUCGCUCGCUCCCCCUCUCUCCACCCCCAACUGAGUUACUCUCUCCAAGUCAUGGAGAGAUUAACUUUUCAAGUUCUAUAAUUCAUUGUUUUCCUAUAUGCUUUGAAAAUUACAUCAUUGGCUCCUUUGAAGGGAAUGUUGGUGACUCAUGAAAGCAAGGAAGAAAAAGUAGCAACUAUACAUUAUUGGUUUAUUAAAAUUUGCCUAAAUGACGUUAUUAGAAUGCUGAUUUUAUUUUUGUCCUUCUGCAUGUCUAAUCCUAAUCUUGGAACGUUAAAGGCUCUUACAUAAUUGUUUUAACAUGAGUAGUCCUCAUUUUAUGUAGCUGUACUCAUAUUAUUUCAUUUUAUAGUUAUUUAUUUCAUGGUAUCUGUUUUUAAGUAUUGUCAUCAUUUUCGUUUUGGUUCAUUUGUAUAUGUGAUCAUCACUGAUUGAUUGCUAUUGCACAUCAACAUUCAAUACUGCACUGUCUGCAUUCCAGGCAGCCUGUUCCUUUUGCCGUGACUGUUGACAAGGGAUCUCUCCUCUUUCUUGGCAUUGCUUCCUGGCCUUGUCUCCCAACUUGCUCCAUCCUGAACUUGUCUCACCCCAGGCUUGCUUCUCGGCCUCUUGUUUUCCUGCCUUGCCUCCCUUCCCCUUGGCUUUGUCUCCCAACUUGCUGCACCUCAGCCCGGUCUCCCACCGAACCCUUUCACUGCCUUGUAUGUUGUUAACUUUUGGCUCUCGGUCUUGCCUUUGCUGUCUCCGUUUCUAGAUCCUUGUUUCACUGCUGAAUGCAAAUUGAGGCCCUGGGCUCCAUCUAGUGACAAAAGACAGUCAGUGCAGACUGCCAUGGGUGUCCAGCUUUACUGACCAAUUGCUACCACUAGAUAGUGCUUGUCAUCUAACAGUACUCCUUUUUACUCCUUUUUUAAAAUCUAAUUUAUUUUAAGCUGUUUAAUUCAGCAAUGUAAAGUACAGGAAGAACUCUGUUUCAGUUUCAAGGGCACAGGUAUAAUAUUUUAAUUAUUUCCUCUCUGAUGUAGAAGGCCCUAUGGAACCUCAUUCCUACUUAAAUAUUGAUUUCUGUGCAAAUUAAUGCUUUAAUUAGAGGUGCAACUUUCAGAAAGCCAAUCCUGACUUUAGGUGAGAUCACCUUUUUUCAUUAUCACAUGGCACCUUCUAUACUGAAACAACCAGCGAUGUUGUAACAUGUUUGUGUUGAAUUUUUUAUCCUAACAGUCUGUUGAGUGUAAAAUCUAUAAAAGUAAUAUGUUAUUAUGUACUGCAUAUGGUAGGUGGUGAACCUUCUUGAAUUAAUAAUGUAAUUUGGGUGCUGAGUGGUUUGAAAAGCCACUUCAGAGGACACUUGAAUCAAUGCAUCUAGAAUCAAACACAGGCUAGACUGAGAAGGACAACAAGUUUCACUUCAUGUUUGUGCAACAACAGCUAGAUGGUUAUUUUUGAUAUUUUUUAAACUAGAUUCAAAUUCAAAUGACAAAUGAAGUUACUGUGUGCAUUAUUAUCUGGCUUCUGGGUUAUUAGGCAAAAGUGAGGACAGCAAAUGCUGGAAACCAGAGUUUAGAUCAGAGUGG